AUGACAGUAGAAUUGACCCCAAACUUCAAGACCAAAUCUGGCACUUCCAUCACUAUCGGAGCUGGCUCUGGUACAGCUUGGAAAUCGGUCAAGAGGUCAGACCCCGACAACCAGGUCAAUCUCGACAGAAUUGUUGACAAGCUCUCCUACUCAAUCAAGAAAGGCUAUAACCAUUUGGAUACUGCAGAGGUAUAUACCACUCAUCCUGAAGUCGGAAGAGCCAUAAAGAAAUCCGGGACACCAAGAGAAGACCUUUGGAUCACAACUAAAUACAACCCUAGCAGCAGAGUGGCUGAAAAGAAAGACCACUCUCCCGUGGAGUUAGUUGAGUCAGCCUUGAAGGAAUUGAACACUGACUACAUCGACUUGUUGUUGAUUCACCACCCAUUCUUCAAGCCAGAACAAACCAAGUACAAUUACGAUCUCGUUAGCUUAUGGCAAGAUGUUAUCAAGGUGAAGAAGUCUGGUGCGGUAAGAUACAUCGGUGUGUCCAACUUCACAGUGGACCAUUUGAAGACUAUCAUACCUGUCAGUGAAACUGAAGGUAAAGAGUUCUUGCCUGUUGUAAACCAGAUUGAAUUUCAUCCCUAUCUACAGAAUAAGGAGAUUGUUCAAUUCUCCCAGAAGAAUGGGAUCUUGGUUGAAGCAUAUGGACCAUUGACUCCGUUGUUCAGAAUUGUAGAUGAGAAGUCCAACAAAGAAGUAGCCGAUCAUCCUUUAGCCAAGUUGCUUCCACAGUUGUCUGAGAAAUACGGGAAGACUCAGGCCCAAAUUUUGUUGAGAUACGCAUUGGAGAAGAAUGUCCUUCCCAUUACUACUUCAUCUAAAGAGGAAAGAAUCGACCAAGCCUUGAAUAUCUACGAUUUUGAUUUGAGCAAACAAGAUGUCGACUUGAUUGACUCUGAGGGAUCCAAAUUCCCAUACAGGGCCUUCUUUAAAACCUAUUUCUAA